UGAAGCUCAGAAGGCGGGAAAAGCGAAACGCGAGUGGAGGCCGAGGAGUUGCACCAACAACAACCACCACCACAACAACAACAACCACAAGCAGUUUAAAAUAUUACAAUAUUGACUACAGCAACAACAUUGACCCGGGCGGGGGGAGGGGUACAGCAGAUUUAACGACAGUGGGCAGCUGAGGUAACUGCGCCGUGACCGACAACAACAACAACAACCACAGCAACUCCACCACCAAGCGGGUAAGUGACUGCGGAGUUGACAGCAGCAACUCUUGAGAGCAGCAGCAACAACAACAACAGCCUCGUCGCGGAGCCGUGCCAGCCGCCUCAACGACAGCGGGUUUACCGAAGAAGACGGCUCGAACAGCAGCUGCUGAAUGGUUGUGCACCAGCAACAACCUCAACAACCGCUGUGACGGCAAUCACUACAAGGGGCACCAACUUGAGCACGAUUCACGACAGCUGUGCUGUGCCCUCAGCCAUCGCUCCUUGUCAGCUGCCGCCCCUCCUCGUCUGUUGUCCGUAACCUCCUGUCCCCUCAACCCUUGUCCACAUUGGUGCUUGUCCAUCAGCUCGUGUCCGUCAGCUCGUGUCCGCCAGGGGUCAUGGACAAGAGGAUGCUGCUGAUGUUGGAGCAGGGGGACGCUGCCUCCCUGCAGAAGGAGCUGGAGGCGCUGCCAAAUGGAGAGCUGGAGGAACUAAUCAAGCGGCAUGCAGUCAGGGGCGAAGGUGACCUCAACGCCCUGCUCAGGGCCAUUUUCCUCGGCUCCCCGUGCCACAGCGGUGAUGGGGUUGAGCGCCGGCUGAAGACGUACACGUGCUGCGCAAAGCUGGCCGAGUCUGGGGACAUGGAAAACUAUGUGGCGGUCAACAUGAUGGGGCUGCUCAUGAUGGAGACGGAUUCCUUGCCUGGAAGUUGCCUGGCCAAGUUGGCCUCCAUGUACGUGGACUCGAUAAAGAGCGGCCACGUGAUGAAUGGCAGAUCCCUUGAUCUGCUUCCCAACAUCCUAACCUCUCUGGGCACCAGGGAGAAAAUCACUUACGGUGAUGGACAGCUUAGUGGCAUGGAAUACAAAAAACAGAUCAUCAACACAUUGUGUUCCAGCAGGUGGGACUCUCAGUGUGUGAUCCACCUGACUUCUAUGUUCAGGGACGUGCCGCUGAGUCAGGAGGAGCUGCAGUUUGUCAUGGAGAAGGUAUUGCGGCUGCUGCCCAGCCUGGAGCUGCAGGAGCUGCCUCCCCUCGUUUACCAGCUGCUCCUCCUUGCUCCCAAGAGCCAUAAGAAGCUGGCGCUGGAGGGGAUUGUUUCAUUCUUCAAGGAGCAGGACCUGUUGCACAGCAACCAAAAGAGCGCUGAGGAUGCCACGGAGCUGGAGGUAGCUGCCGUGUCGACGGUUCCAUUGCGGCACGUGGAGGGGACCAUCAUCCUCCACAUCGUCUUUGCUGUCAAACUGGACCAGGACCUGGGCAGAGAGUUCAUCAAGACCCUCAAGGUCGGACAGCUGGGCGAUGUGGGCCGAGUGCUGUGUCCGUUCAACGUCGCACUCACACUCUCGCUGGCGAGGAUUCACCGAUUGGAGGAACAGGUGUUUGAGAUGAUGAAGGUGGCUAUCUUGAAGAGCUUCAGGGACCAGCAGAUGCAGCAGAGCUCGGCGCUCAUCAAGGACCUGGUGUCGUCGCAGGUGUGGUGCGUGUCCGACGUCAUCCUCGAGACCAUCCAAAACAGCGGCUGGGACCACAUAUCGCAGGGCUUGGUGCAGCUCGGCUUCACGCUCAUGGACUCAUUUGGGCCCAAGGCGGGACCCGGCGGCAAGGUGGCGGAGACGGGCGCCAGCGUGUCUCGGACGCCGGCGCAGCAAGCCUGCAGCCUGGGGGCACGCGUCCUCCUCGAGACGUUCAAGGCUCAUGACCUCGUGAGACGUGAGAUCCUGGAGCAGCUUCUCAACAGAGUCGUUACUAAAGCCACCGUGCCAAUCACACACUAUUUAGAGCUGCUGUCAGACAUGGUGACGUCGGCCCCGCUCAACCUGCUGGAGUGUCUGCCCAAGGUGCAGGAGGCAUUUGAUUAUUUGUCGGUCCUGCCGUCUCCCGUCACGAAGGGCCUGCUGCAGGCCAUACUGCCCCUUCUCAGGGUGCGCAUCAACCUCAAGGACUCGCUGAUCCUCGCACUGCGCAAGGGUAUGUUCUCCAGCCAGCUGGAAGCCAGAAAAUCAUCCGUUAUCGGAUAUCUCCUGCUGCUCAAGAACUUCAAAGUGCUGGGCAGCCUAGCGUCAAGCCAAACAUUGUGCAGUCAGGGUUUUUCCGCUAGCCAGGGUUUCUACGACGUGCUGCGGAGAAACUCGAAGCUGGGGAGCACCAUCCUGCAGAUGUUGCUGGUACAGCUGAAGCGGUGCUACGAGGCAGGCGACGUCCUGCCGCCAGUACGUCUGGACGGCUGCAUCACGGCACAGGGCGAGCAGGUCUUCCUCCAGGAGCCGCUGGGCCACCUCCUCUGCUGCACUGUGCAUUGUGUGAUGAAGUGGCGUGAAAUCAAGGCCCAGGCAGUUGGCGAUGAUGAGGAUGACGAGGACGAUGAUGACGAUGGGGGCGGCGAGGGCAGCAGUGAAUACGCAGGGGAGGGUGCACAGAGCUGUCAACGGCAGUUGGAGGCGAUGCUGGAGUCGAUGACACGGAGGAUGAUCAAGAGCGACCUGGACGACUUUGAAUUGGACAAGUCGGCAGAUUUCUCGCUGACGACCAGCGUAGGGGUGAAGAACAACAUCUAUGUCAUCUUGGUAAUAGGCAUCUAUGAGGUGCUCAUGGAGUACAGCUUCAUCACGGGCGAUCCCAGCCGCCAAAAGGUGGAACAGGUGCUGGGGUUGUUUCAGCGCUACCUUAAGCUGGUGGAAAUUCUGCGCGAGAAGAGUGUAAAGGGCAAGGGCGGCGCGACGAGCAAGACGCCACGCAGCCUGCUCUCGCUGCGCUGCGUUGAUCUCCUGCUCUCCGCGCUCUACCGCGACGAGAGCUCCGACCACGAGGAAAUGCUGACGCCGUUGCGUGGCAGCGUGGAGUUCCAGCGCUACGUGCUGACGGUGGUGCAGCAGAAGGUGCAGCAGGCGGAGGAGAUUGGCCACGUGGACGGCCCCGACGGACAGGACCCCGACAAGGUGCUGCGUCACCUGGUCUCCAUCGCCCGGGUGCUGUUGUGGAAGUACUUCUCUGUGGCGGUGCCCACGAAUGACUCGUCGCUGUUAUCGUCGGGGGUGGUGGAGCCCGCGGGCAAGAAGGACAAGCACAAGGGGAUUCCGCUGCUGUGCCUGGACGUGCUGCAGCGCGUCAUCACCGUCGUGAACACACGCUUCUCCCACAAGAAGGAGAGCCUAUACGCCGCGCUCGAUCUAUCCCGUGAAGAUCCAGAGGAUGCAGACAACGUCAUCAUUGCGGAAAGAGCUGCGUUUCACAUGAGGCAGUUCCAGCGGAGUGUGGUUGGGCAGCUGUCGGGAGGUGAGGAAGAUCUGAACAUGAAGGAGCUCCAUGGGCUGGUGAGCCUCCUGCUGGCGUUAAGCAAGGAGCUGCAGCCAGGCUCUACCGAGUUUGAACAGUGCUUGAACUGGACAACCAAAAUUUGCAAGGAGAGCAAAAUUGAGGAUCUGCUGCUGUGCAAGAUGCUGAUGAACCUGCUCUUCAGCCUGCACUUGGCCCAUAAGGGGCCUCGCUCACUGCUCAAGGACCUGGCGCAGGACAUUCACAGCCAGCUGGGCGACAUAGACGAGGAUGUGCAGGUGGAAAACCAGUCCAUUUAUGCCAUCGUGAAUUCCAAGACUGCUCCGUCAGUAACUCUGGUGGUGCUGUCUCAUGCAGAGCACAUGCUGGAGGACGUGGAAUGGCUCAUUGCCCGGCUCAGGGGGGAGCUGGCGUAUGCCAAGCCGGUGACCUCCGAGGAGGGCACGCAGGAUUUGGGUCCCCGACAGGCGCAGGAGAGGGCGGCCGCCGUGCAGCUGGGAGCGCUGGUCACCUGCUGCCAUGAGUUGGUGCAGGCGGCGCUGCCCGCGGGCAGCUGCUCCACCAACCUGCUCAAGCUGCUCACCAAGAUGUACAGUGUACUGGCCUCCAUCACCAAAUACUAUUUGCAGGUAUAUACGCAAAAUAUAGGAGACCUGCCAGGGAGGUUUGAAAAGUUGGUGAAACUGUCAGGAUCCCAUCUUACUCCUCAGUGCUACGCAAUGAUCACCUACAUUCAGAGCGUGCAGAGUGAUAGCCUCAACCACGGCUCGGACAAGAAGAGCAAGCGCGGGGCGGCGGCCUUAGCCAGCGCCGCCAAGGCUAAAGUUCUGCGGGAAACACGGCCGAUCCCAAACCUGAUCUUCUAUAUCGAGCAGUACGAGUGUUUCCUCAUCCAGCUCUCCAAGAAAUCCAAGGUGAACCUGAUGGAGGGGAUGAAGCCGAGCACGUCGCGCGACUUCCGCAUCAACGCGGCGACGCUGCAGGAGGCGCUGGAGAACCAGGAUUCGGAUAAUGAAGACGCGACGCAGAGCGGAGACGGCACACAGAGCACAACUAUUUCAGUGCAGGAAAAAUCCCAAAAGCCUCCCAGCAAGAAGAGGAAGACUUAACAAAGUUUGUGUCUGUUCCCAGCACUUUAAGUUGCAGUGAUUUAGUUUUUUUACAUACAGUAUUGCAUCGUGAUAGCGAACCAAUGCGUAUAAUACUCCCCCGUUUAUAAUUAACUUAGCUGCAGAAACAUCUUACUGUGUUCAUUUAUACCCGAUCCGUACAGUGAUCACGUUAUGUCUGUGACCCCGCGUAUAACAAUCAGACGCACCGCCAAAUAUACAAUCGUUUUUUUUUUACAGUGUACUAUACAGUACAUACUAUACAGUACACUACUACACUGUACACUAUACUGUGCAGUACGCUUGACUGUAUAGCGAAUACAUGUACACUGUGCAGGGAUGAUGCGUUAAUGUUCUUGUUUCUUCAAAAGCCCAGUUCAAUUUGUCAUUGAGGCUGUUGUAGUGAAGGCCUUAAUAGUGAACUCUGCAAGUGGUUAGUUAUAACGAGGUAACACUGUAUGAGCAAAGUCAUUGGAGGCAAUAAUUACUUGUAUUUAUGAUGCUCACGUUCCUGCUUUGGCCUCAGACGGUUUGUCUGAGUUUCUGCUCCUUGUCCUUGGUCUCUUUGGCUUUGGGUUUGGCGAGAGAACCGUUUGUCUUCUGUAUGAUCUCAUAAAUGUCCAGAGCUUCACCUGUACGCGGGCCAAACACAACGGUUGUACUUAUGCAAUGCCGUCAACUCUGCUUAAAGCCAUUGUCGUGAUGCCCACUCAAAAGCACAUGGUCAAAACAUAGCUUUGAAAUUUCAUGUUAAAGAUGAUGUGGCUUUGGAGUUCACAAAAAUGUGUUCUUGUGUGCCACAGUAAUAGUCAACAUACAAUUGUAAAAACAGGCAUGUAAGUUGUAAAAAUCUAAUAAAUUACAUUCCAAAUGCAA